UAUUUAAAAUAUUAUUAAGUAGUUAAAUGAUAGUGUAAAUUAGUGGGAAAUGGAAAAUUAAACUGUGUGUGAUUUAAACGAUGAAACUUACUGGAUUCCAGGAAUACAUGGUGUUUGUGAUGAAACCAAUGUUGAGGGUGGAACACAUGGCUCUGAUUAUGGACGGGAACAGAAGAUACGCUAAGAAUCUGAACCUACAACAAUCGCAAGGACAUCUCAACGGCUUCAAUAAACUCCUCGAAAUAUUGGAGUUUAGUAGCUUGUUUGGAUUGAAGGUGAUAACGAUAUUCGCCUUCUCUUUGCUGAACUUUAGCAGAACUCGGAAGGAGAUUUCAGACCUGCUUAACCUUUUCGUUGAUCUUUCAGGCCCUAAAUCACAACUAGAGGAGUUGUGUGAAAGAAUUGGAUGUAAAAUAAGAUUUUGUGGCGAUUUUUCAUUUUUAGGUGAGGAUAUUAAACAGAUUCUGAACGAUAUUCAGUCUAAAACUAAUCAUUACAGCAAGAUGACUUUAAACGUAUGUGCAUCAUACGGGGGUAGAAAUGAAAUUAUCAACGCUCUCAACAAAUUUAACUCAAAUGUUGAAAACAAUACUACUUUUAACACUGAUAACACCAACAAUAAUGCUAGGGAGGAAUAUUAUAGAAAUUUGUACACUGGUGAUUUUACACCACCAAACCUACUUAUUAGAACUUCUGGUGAAUCGAGAUUAUCUGAUUUUCUCAUCUAUCAAUGCUCUGAACAUACUUGCUUUUAUUUUGUUAAGGAGAUGUGGCCUGAGCUUAGUUUCAAUCGGUUAAUUUGCAUAUUGAUACACUAUUCCGUUUUCCAACCAAUACUAAACUGUGUAAACUCAUUCACCAAGUUCAUAAAUCACAAAAACUAA